CCUCGCGGCUGUUUUGUGUGUUUACAAUCAGCUGACAUCCGGCGUCUUCCCGUCCAUUAGCCGAGCUUCUCCGCGGUAGCCAGCCUUCGACAUUUGCUUUGGCCAGAAAACCACCAGUCGAUGUUUUUGCCACGCUGCUGAACGCGUACUCUGAGCGUCGUCGUCAAAUGCAGGAAUUGCUCGGUGCCGUCCACCUAAUGGAUGCCGUGGAGCUGUGGCGCUUGUAAAAGCUCAAGUCGUCGUGUUGUCUGGGCCGCCAGGGCUCUGGCCCCGUCUGCCGCAGCCUGAAUCCAGCACGCCCGUCCUGUCCUCUCCUCUCCAGCCGUCUUCUCGCUGAGCCAUGAGCAGCCACCGGGACCUCGACAUAGUGCACCUCCGCCUCAUUCUGGUCAGCGGGAAAACGCAGGACUUCACCUUCUCGCCGAACGACUCGGCCACGGACAUCGCCAAGCACGUCUUUGAAAACUGGCCCACGGGAUGGGAAGAGGAGCGAGUGAGCAGCCCCAGCAUACUGCGCCUCAUCUUCCAGGGACGCUUCCUCCAUGGCAACGUGACCCUCGGAGCUCUGAAAUUGCCUCCGGGCCGGACCACCGUCAUGCACCUGGUUGCCAGGGAGACUCUUCCGGAACCCAACUCUCACGGUCAAAGAAACAGAGAAAAAACAACAGAGAGCAAUUGCUGCCUCCUCUUGACCAAAUAUCAGAUCACGAAGGCACGACGGAUGGCUGGGUUGCAGCGGUUCGUCGGAAAAGCAUUUCUUUUGAUCAUAUUUCUGCUGAAAUGAGAGCGUGUUCCCGUCAUCUCUACUCUUGAAAACCUGCAUAUGAAAUGCUGAGAACACAUCCCGAUUGGUCACCAUAUCUCUUCUUGGGUUAUUCUGAGGUCAAGCGCACCACAUCGGAGCGUUAUGAGAGGUUGGAAAGGCGAAGAGUGCACGCUGAAACUUCAGUUUGCUGUGCUCUUACAAACACGAUCCCAAGUGUUGUUGUGAAAAGUCAAUAAAAUAUGAAUACCAAAACAUGACUUGAAUGACAAACUGUAACUGCUUGUUGUUUACUUCAGGUCUUCAUAAUAAACAGGUGUAAUAAUUACAAAGUCAGGUGACUUAAUUUUGUUAUUCUAUUUGGAAUAUGCAUUGACAAUGUGUGGACAGUGUUGUAGACAAGAACUGGGACUGAUAAGUUGCAAUAGAUUUAUUUCAAGUAAUGCAACUUCUCCAAUACAAUAUUUGAGCUGACAGUUUAAAAUCUUUAAAUUAGUGCAAACAAGGCCCACCCUCUGACGGGGUCAGCACAUAUUAUAUAAUUAUAAGUAAUGUAUACAAGUUUAACAUAAAUGUGUCUUUGUCAAAGCAGUUUAAAAACUAUUUACUGGCCUUGGGUAAAUUGCCAGACAGAAUAAAUAUGUGGUUUAAAGUUCUUGCAUUUCCAUUUUAGGUAUUGCAAGUUCUCCAACACAAUAUUUGAACUGACAGUUUAAAAUCCUUUUAGUGCAAAAUGGCCCACACUCUGACAGGGGGUAGCAAAUAUUAUAAUACAUUAUAAAAAGCUAUAUACUAUAUAAAUACAAGAUCACAACAAAACCUGUAUUUUUCAAAGCAGUUAAAAAAACAUUCAGUGGCCUCAGGUAGAUAAAGGUGUAUAAAUAUGUACAUUACAGUUCUUGCGUUUCUAUUUUAGGUAUUGCAACUUUUCCAACACUAUUUGAAUUGACAGUCUAAAGUCUACAUUAGUGCAAACAAGAAUAAUUAUAAAUAAUAAUAGAAUUGAUCAAUUCAACAUUACAAUGAAACGUGUCUUUGUCAAAGUGGUUAAAAAAAACAACAACACUUCACUGGCCUUAGUUAAAUAGCCAGGCAGAAUAAAUAUGUGCAUUAAAGUUCUUGCAUUUUCACAAGUUAAAAGCCCGCAGUUUAUCAGCAAGAAAGGCAGACCCAGACGGCGUCUGCUGCAGGGGCUUGUUUGAUUCCGACACAAGACAAAUGGAACCACUCAAUUGAACAAAUUUUCUUUGUCAAAUAAUCCAAGAAGAGAGAUGGUGACCAAUCGGGAUGUCUUGUCAGC